CUCCGUGCCGCAGAGAAGCCUCGCCGCCACCGCCCAGGCUCUCGGCGAGGGGCAGAAGCCUCCCGUCGCGCCCCUCCCGCCGCAGUGGGAGGUCCCGCGCAUCCCGGAACAGGUGACCAGCCACUUCCUCCUGUCGGGACCGGACCGCCGCCGCCACCAUGACCGCCACGCUGCGCCCGUACCUGAACGCGGUGCGCGCCACGCUGCAGGCCGCGCUGUGCCUGGAGAACUUCUCCUCGCAGGUGGUGGAGCGGCACAACAAGCCCGAGGUGGAAGUCAGGAGCAGCAAAGAGUUGCUGUUGCAGCCAGUGAUCAUCAGCAGGAACGAGAAAGAGAAGGUCCUCAUCGAGGGCUCUAUUAACUCUGUGCGUGUCAGCAUUGCAGUGAAACAGGCUGACGAGAUCGAGAAGAUCUUGUGCCACAAAUUCAUGCGCUUCAUGAUGAUGAGGGCUGAGAACUUCUUCAUCCUGCGCAGGAAGCCCGUGGAGGGCUACGACAUCAGCUUCUUGAUCACAAACUUCCACACAGAGCAGAUGUACAAGCAUAAGCUGGUGGACUUUGUCAUCCACUUCAUGGAGGAGAUCGACAAGGAGAUCAGCGAGAUGAAGCUCUCUGUCAAUGCCAGGGCCCGCAUCGUGGCAGAGGAGUUUCUUAAGAAUUUUUAGGCCGUGGUGCAGGACCCCGUGGCUCCCCGACGCUUGUGCCCGCCAGGCACUGUGCCUGCGCCUGCUCCCGCUCCCCCCGCUGAGGACAGCCGGGCCGGGCCCCGCCUGUCCCCCGCCGGGCCGGGCGGCCGAACUGGGAGCAGCCCCCGCUUGCGGCAGAGCGGCUCCGGUCGCUGCCCUUGUCUCGUCUCGUUUUUUAAACGGUCUCGUUUGCUGUAA